CGCAUGCGCAUCCAUGUGACAGCGGCCGGUUGUAUUUAGUCAGAGACAGCCGUGGCACCGAUCAGAGGCCGAUUCAUCACCUUGUCUUCAUCUACAGCAGCUUUCUGCACAGAUUUCUGGACGUUGACUAAGUUAUUCUGGGACUGCCAAGGUCAGUCAAGAUAAACAGGCAAAGAAAACCAAAACAUUUUGAUGACAAAGCAGACUGAUAGGAGAUGUGUGCUGCUGUGUAUGUCCUGUCAACGGUAACGGGCUAUGUGCUCACCUCUGCCCUGCUGCUGAAAUGCCCAAAUCUUUUGCACCGGAGGAAGCGAGAGACUUUCCUCAGCAGACACAUCUCCCACCGCGGAGGGGCAGGCGAAAACCUGGAAAACACCAUGGCAGCUUUCAAGCACGCUGUGGAUCUCGGCACAGACAUGCUGGAGCUGGACUGCCACCUGACAAAAGACGAACAGGUAGUGGUUUCACAUGAUGCCAACUUAAGGAGGGCCACUGGCAUCAAUGCCCAAAUCUCCGAUAUGGCCUACGCUGAGCUGCCUCCAUAUCUCUGCAAGCUGGGUGUAACUUUCCAGAGGGAGUGUUUCUGCGAAGGAGGAGAGGACAGACGUAUCCCUCUCCUCAGGGAUGUUUUUGAUGCCUUUCCUAAUACCCCUGUCAACAUUGACAUCAAGGUCAACAAUGACACACUCAUUAAGAAGGUCUCUGAACUGGUUGUUAAGUAUGACAGAGAGCAUCUGACAGUGUGGGGCAACGCCAGCAAUCAGAUUGUCAAGAAGUGUUACAAAGAGAACCCCAGAAUUCCAGUGUUGUUCAGUUUUCCCAGAGUAUUGCAGCUGUUGGGUCUCUUCUACACUGGCCUUCUGCCCUUUGUUCCCCUCAAGGAGCAGUUUCUAGAGAUCCCCAUGCCCUCCAUUAUCACAAAACUAAAGGAUCCUGACAGAUUAACAAGGAGUCAGCGGUUCAUCACCUGGCUGGCAGACACUUUGCUGAUGAGGAAAGCUCUAUUUCAGCAUCUUACUGCCCGGGGCAUACAGGUGUACAUUUGGGUGCUGAAUGACGAGGACGACUUCCAGAGGGCAUUUGACUUGGGAGCCACAGGAGUUAUGACAGAUUUUCCCACCAGGCUUAAAGAUUUCAUGGACAAGAAUGGCAUGUCUAAGCUCCAGUGACCUGCCAAAAUCUACCUCACUGCAACACCCCACACAAACACGCACACACACUAGUGAUUAUCCUUCAACCUGACUGACCUGCCAGCCCAGACCCCCCCCCCCCCCCCCCCCCCCCCCACAACACGCACCCACUUUUACUGCACGCAUUCCAGCAGGCUACUACCCUCACACUGUGUUUUACAGCCAGUUUUACUGCACUGGUAACACACACUUUUGUAUUUUCAUUCACAUAAAAUACACUUAAAGGUCAGAUACUGUACCUGCUACAUAUUAUUGUCUCCUUUGAGUAGUGGUCUUUGCAGAUUCUUUGUUCCCUCGCUGCACACCUAGACAACAGUGUGAGAUUAGUAUUAGUAAUAUGCAGCUGUUUAAAGCAACAUUAUGUAACUAUUUUACCUUAAAACAACCGGUUCAGAAUCAGUUUGAUGUUACACUGACUUGUAAUAGGGAGGUGCCUCUCAUUCCCAUCCCGCGUCUCUAACACCAGUUCUUACGCUAUAUAACUGUGGAGCCAGGCCCAGCAAGUUCAAGAGUAAUGCCCAAUUGUAGAUCAGUGAAAAAGACUUGGAAGUCAUUAAAAGCCACUGUUCAUCUCCAAUAUCCAGCGAGGGAUUAAUUACGGCAGAAUUAAUUAUGACUCGUGGCUGCCAAGGCCACGAGUCAUAAUUUAAAAGUUACAUUUUGUUGCUUUAACCUUUCAAAGUAUAUCUGUAAGAUGGGAAAAAGUCUUAUCAGUCUUAGAAGUUCAUAACAGAUUCAUGGUUUUUGACUUGAAAGUAUUUUUUCAGUUCUACCAAUUUGGUUGUGAGAUAUUUUUAUAUGUGCCAGAUGCAGACAAAAACUUGUCAUAAACAACAGGGUGCAGACACAAAGUCCUCAGCUCAGAGUUUUAGUAUCAAAUGAACAGUGUGAGGACUGAGGUCAGACAUAUUUACACUAAGUUUGAACACAAGUUAAAUUCAGUUUAACUGUGGAUUGUUCUGUAAAAAAAACAGUUUUUAUAUGUUGUUUCUCUUUAAAGCCAAUGGGUUGUAACGUAGUUGUACAUUUAUGUGUAGCUGCUUGGUGUCUAGACUUUUCUCUAAAUCUAAUGGAGCGACUGAGUUGUUAUUUGUCGAUGAAUGAACCUGAGAGAAAUUUUGCACAAAAUAAGCAACUUAAUUUAGCUUAUUUUAGUAACGAGUGGUACUUUUUUCACCUGUGUUAAUGUGAUUGUCAACAGCAUUGAACUUCAUAUUUAAGAAAUAUGAACACUUACAGGCUUUAAAGUGAACUGGCAACACAAUAGAUGCACUGAUAGAUGUUGAUUGAUCGCUGUAUUGCUGUCAUUUCAAACUGAAAAUUAUUAAGGCCAGAGGCUGAUGAGCAAUUCCUCGCUGUGGGUGUCACAGUUUGAACAUGUAAAGAUUAUUAGGAUUAUCAUACCACUGGCAUUCUCUGUUUCGAACUUGUGACUACGCAGUGAGGGUCAGUAAUGAAUGUAGUAUUGGGUUGAAUGUACUGUACGUCGUUUGGUAUUUUACAGUCAAAACAGUAUUGGAGUUUUAAUUACUUUGGUUUGUUGUGUGUAAAGUUGUUAGUAAAAUCUGCACAGGUGUAAAUCUGAUGUCUUGAGAAUUUACAUUGUUUUGAAAACACCUUGAGAGAGAGGCUUGUUAUCUACCAAUCGUAUUACAGAUCUUACUUUAAUGAAUAUACUCCACAAUAUUUUUGAUUACACAACCUGUGCAGUAGUGAGUGUACAUUUCUUUUGCAUGCAUCAAAUGAAUUUUUGAUAAUCUGUUGUGUUUGAAUAUGUUGUGAGUUUGAAAGAACCAGUGUGUGGGACCUGACUGCUUGGGCCCAUCAAAAUGCCUUAUCCCACACUGUAUGGAGAGAAAUUCAUGAAAAAGAGCAUUUUUAUCAAUAUCAAUAAAACCUAUAAAAAUA